CGCGUGGCACUAUUAUAUUGUAAUCAAUGUUCAAAUUUUAAAUCCAAAUCCUGAUUCACCAACACAAUACUCCACUCAUGUCCAGUAUACAAAACUACAAUAUUAAGUUAAGUGGCUUAACGGUUCGAAUAUUAUCUAUUCUUGCCAACAUACGCAAGGACGAAUUAAUAAUGAUUAUAAUGAAUUAUGUAAUAUCAAUGUUACGUUUAUUGGAUAAAAACAAGACUGAAUAAAAUAGAAUUCCAUUUUAUUGAAAAUACGAAACAACGUUUUAACUGAUGAAUAUGCAUUGAUAUAUUCCAACGGACAAGUGAAGUCAUAUUUUAAACACAUUUAUAGGCAGUCUCGUCUAAACCGUACUAUGCAAUAGAUGCCAUAGGUUCUCUAUAAGUCGACAAAUGCGAAUGUUAUUUAAAUUCUUACACAUUACUAUGUAACUUUAUUUUAUAAUUUGAAUUUGUAUUUAUCUUUUCUGGGUGAAAAAUAAAUUUCUUCGUUUUUAUUUCAUCAAAAACAUCUGAAUAAAUAAAUUAAUAAUUUUGCUGGCUACGUCGUUAACUCAACUGCAAAUACCUUCUGGCUUCAACUAUUAUACAAUAUGGGUUUAUUGUCUGAAAAUGAUGAAACACAAUCAUUGUUAAAAAAACAAAAACUUCGGUGGAACCAAAAACUGUCAAAGUGUCCUUUAAUUGCUAUAUUAUUCGGUAUUUUGUUACUGGUUUUUAUUUAUAUUCUAUACAUUUUAAUCGAUGGACGAGAAUCUAAAGAAACACCAAAGACACCUGAGCGAACUUUUAUUGUUGAUUACGAACAAAAUGAGUUUCUAAAAGAUGGUCAAGUAUUUCGAUAUGUCUCCGGUUCGUUCCACUAUUUUAGAGUUCCUAAACCUUAUUGGAAGGACCGAAUUAAGAAAAUGAAAGCAGCUGGCUUAAAUGCUGUGUCCACUUAUGUAGAAUGGAGUUUACAUGAACCUUAUCCAGGUGUAUACAAUUUUGAGGAUAUAGCCGAUUUAGAGUAUUUCCUGAAAUUAGUUCAAGACGAAGGCAUGUAUUUGUUGCUCAGACCUGGACCAUUUAUAAGCGCUGAAAGAGAUUUUGGUGGAUUUCCAUUUUGGUUAUUGAACGUGGUGCCAAAAAACAGUCUGCGCACUAAUGAUCCAAUUUAUAAACAUCAAAUUGCUAAAUGGUUUGAUGUACUUAUGCCUAAAAUCGUUCCAUUUUUAUACGGAAAUGGUGGAAAUAUCAUUAUGGUUCAAGUAGAGAACGAAUACGGAACGUUCUACACGUGUGACCAUCAGUAUAUGAUAUGGUUACGAGAUUUGUAUAAAAGUUACAUUAAAUCUAAUGCUGUACUUUACACAACCGAUAUGUGUGGAGAUUCGUUUUUCAAAUGUGGUCCCGUAGCUGAUGUUUAUGCUACCGUGGAUUUUGGCAUUUGGAUUACCGAUAUUAAGUCAUGUUUUAAUUAUAUGAAAGAAAAUCAAAAGGGAGGACCACUAGUUAACUCCGAGUUUUAUGCUGGUUGGGCGUCCUAUUGGAGUACACCGUUGCACGUGAUAAGCUCUGAUAAAGUUGUAUCUGCCAUGAAAGAAAUGUUAGCUCUGAAUGCAUCUUUCAAUAUUUUUAUGUUCCACGGAGGGACGAAUUUCGGCUUUACUUCUGGUGCCGUCAAAAAAAUUCAUCAAAAUUAUAAGCCAUCAGUAACCUCGUAUGAUUUUUCUGCUCUACUGAACGAAGCUGGGGAUCCCACCGAAAAAUACUUUAAAAUUAAGAAAUUGCUCGAAGAAUCUAAUUUUGCAGUGUCAAACGAUGUAUCACUCGUUCCAGCACCUAAAGGUAACUAUGGGACAUUCACAAUGCAACCGUUGGUUAGCAUUUUUGAAAAAGUCACUCAACGGAUUAAACCUAUUGAAAGCGAUGUUCCACUCGGUUUCGAAAUCAUGGGCUUCAAAUCAGGAUUUGUGAUGUACGAGACUACUUUGACAAACGAUCAAAAAUUCGUCACAGCUCCUGUAAAUCUUACUAUUAGCAAAAUCAGAGACCAGGCAACAAUCUUCUUGGACCAGGUUCAAGUGACUAUAAUACCUCGGAAAUAUGAAAAUUUACCCGUGAGCUUAAAUAUAAACAGUACAGUUCAAAAGCUAAGCAUUCUAAUAGAAAACCAAGGAAGAAUCAACCUCGGAAAUGGUAUAGAAGACAGAAAGGGUAUAUUUGAACCUGUAAUUUUGGGUGACCAUGUACUGGGUCCGUGGAAGAUGAUACCAUACCCUCUGAACGAAACAUCUUGGCUUUCGACUAUAGAACCACGCAAAUAUGCAGUAUUACCGGCAUUUUAUAAAACAACAUUUACAUUGCCAGAUAAUUUAUCAGAACCUUUAGAUACUUACUUGGACCCUACAGGUUGGAAAAAGGGCGUUGCUUUUGUGAACGGGAAUAAUAUUGGUCGAUAUUGGCCAUCGGUUGGACCACAAAUUACUCUAUACGUUCCCGGUUUAUUUCUAAUUCCUUAUCCUGGAGUAAACACCAUCAUAAUGUUGGAACAGGAAGGUGUUCCUGAAAAUUUGUCAAUAUCGUUUGUUGACAAACCUAAUCUCAAUGGUACAGUUAACCCAAUAUUCUAGAUUUCUAAACAUAAUGUGAUAUAUGUUCAUAAUAAUAUAUCGUUUAUUUUAUUAUUGAAUUAAGAAUGGUGUUAUCAUUAUGGGACAUUUAUUAUACGUAUGUUAAUAUUUUAUAGUAUAUAAUAAUAUUGCCAAAUAAUAGUAGUCUUUUGUACCGCUGUAUUUCAACGAAACAUAUUUUACAAGACUGAAUCAAUUUCUUAUUUUUAGUGAUUACAAUAUUUUUGUACUAUGUUUGAAACAUGAAAGUUAAAAUUGGUGCCUACAUGUGUU